AUGGGACGGGACAAGCCUCUGUACGGUGUGGACCGUAGGUACCCGCUGACCCAGUCUGUGGUCAUGCCUGCAUCCAGCGAAAAGGAGAGGCGCAGGGUUCACACCCCUAGCAACACCUGGGUGUCCUGGGAGGCCUUUGGGUCUGCUGCCAUGAUUCUCCACCUCCUGGGCUUAGCUAAGCUGCCCCAGAGCACUCUGGCUGUGGUCAAGCCGUUCAUCGCUGGCCAUUCUCAGAUCCAGAGCCACUGUCAUUUAUCUGUGAUCCUGCCCUCCUGGCUGUGUGUACUCCUGCUGUGUGUCCACCAUGUCUUAGGUCAGGACGAGUACUCCGCCUACCACUCAGGUGACGACCAUGUGUACGAAGGCUCAGUGGUAGACAGCUAUGAGGAAUCUGGAUACCCCCAUCCAGUGGAGUACCCUCCCACGACAGGAUAUGAGGACCACGCAGCCUCAGGCUACGACCCCUACGCCGUGGCCCCCACUAUGGUCACCAUGAUCACAGAGGAGACGUACCCCUACGCCACAACCACUGAAUCCUACGACUACGUGAAAGAGGUGACCACCAUGACGACGCAGGUCCCCUAUGACUAUGAGGACGCAGCUCUGGGAGAGGAGGGCCCCACAGACUGCAACUGUCUGCCUGGGGAGCCUGGCUUUGCCGGAUUCGCUGGUCCCAAGGGCAGCAGAGGACUACAGGGUAAAACAGGAUUUCCAGGAGAGCAGGGACGGGAGGGGUACAAGGGGACAAAAGGGGUUCCAGGAAGAGGAGGAGAUACAGGGCCUGAGGGUGACUCAGGUCUUGAUGGUGCUGAAGGUCCAUCUGGGUAUUCUGGAGCCAUGGGUGAAACAGGGCUACCUGGGGACCCAGGUGAAGGAGGAGAUCCUGGCACCAAGGGAGACAUAGGCAUGGAGGGCCCACGUGGCGGAGUUGGAAUCAAAGGAGUGCAAGGUGCCUUUGGGCAGGCGGGGAGUCCUGGGACAACUGGAAGAAGAGGUCUAAAGGGGUCGAUUGGGAAACCUGGAAAGAUAGGACCUGAUGGGCGAAUGGGAGAGAAGGGUCAGAUCGGAGCCCCUGGAUUCCCAGGAGACAUUGGGGAGCAGGGCUAUCUGGGUUACCCUGGGAUCCCAGGAAGCAGAGGUGAAACAGGGCCGAAGGGAGACCAAGGCUUGGGUGGCCUGCCGGGGAGUGAUGGGGAGCCUGGAGAGGAUGGUCCUCUUGGAGUUCCGGGAGUGAUCGGUGACCCUGGCUCAUUUGGCUUGAAGGGUGGAAGAGGGGACCCUGGGCCCAGAGGCCCAAUUGGGAGAGUCGGGGCUGGGUUCUUUAAAAUAUCUGAAACUGCCAGUUUCAAUCUGUUCUUGAUUAAAAUUGAUUUUAAAAAGUGUAUAAGCUGUGGAGCGUCUGGAGCAACAGGGGAUCCAGGUUUACCAGGCAAACAUGGACCAAAGGGCCUACAAGGACAGCCUGGAUCUAAAGGAGAGGUGGGCCCAGAUGGUGAGAAGGGCACUAGGGGGAGACCAGGCAUAAAGGGUGUGAAAGGAGAUAAGGGCAGUUCUGGUUCCCGUGGUGACAAAGGCCAGCGUGGAGGAAGGGGCCCACCUGGCCCUGGUGGACCUGUUGGACGUGUGGGACCCCCAGGUAUCCCAGGUCCCAGGGGUAGGACUGGUCCAAGUGGGGACUCAGGAGUUCGAGGUGUGGUCGGAGUGAAGGGACUGCCCGGUGCCCCUGGGCCUGGUUUGACAGAUGAACAGGUCCUUCAGCUAUGCAGAGGAGUGGUCACAGCUCAGAUCUCCCAGUAUGCUGCAUCUAUCCGCUCAAAGUGUGCACGUGGCUGUCCCAUCAACAACCGGACUCUCAUCGGCCCGCCUGGGCCCAGGGGGGCACCUGGAGCUCUGGGGAAAGCUGGAAAAUCUGGGAAGGCAGGUGGCAAGGGGUCCAGGGGAACGAGGGGACCAGUAGGUGUUCAAGGCCAGAAGGGUGCAGAGGGGGAUCGAGGCACAAAGGGUUUGAAAGGGAUGCGAGGAGACCCAGGAGAGGGUCUGCCAGGACAUGAUGGACAUCAAGGCCUCAGAGGGCUUCCUGGCCACCCAGCAGAUCCCAAGGAUGGGGAAGAAGGUCCCGAGGGGCCCCGUGGGAACCCUGGCCCUGUGGGGCAGCCGGGCAUGGCAGGAGGGGCAGGUGUGCCAGGCGUGUGCGAGGCACGCGACUGCAGCAUUCACGCCCCAGUGAUGAGGAAGGAGCAAGGCCUGGUUAAGGGCCCACUCAGCCCCCAAAUCUAAUGAGGUGCAGCGGCACAGGAAGCUUAGGGCUGCACGAAGAAGCAGAGCUUGGGACACCACCUGCCGGACUUUCCAUCAGUUUGAGUGGUCUACCAGGCAAAAGAGAUGAUGAAAUAAGGAGAAAAGAUGACAUCGCCAAAAGACCUUUACCUGAGCCACCCAAGGCCCAGAGAACAGUAAUAUUUUGAUUCUGACUGUUGAGAUUGCCUUCCCCCCCAAGACGCAAAGACCAUAGUACAUUCAUUUACACCCCAGGGAUGAAUAGAAACACCCCUCCCCCACCUGCAUGAA